UGGGGGCGCUACGGUGAUCAGCUCGCUGAGGUUUCAACGCGGAUCGGAUGAUGGAUCAUGCAACGACCGUUGAGGAUGCGGUGAAACGAUUUUACGCCUCCGGUGACAACGAUGCGCAUUCGUGGCUGCUGCAGGUGCAGGCCUCACCGGAAGCCUGGACUUUCGUGUGGCAGUUGCUGGACUCGUCCAAAUCGGGGGAAGUGCAAUUCUUUGCUGCGACUACGUUGUACACAAAAAUCUCGAAGCAAUGGGAGGAAGUGCCAAAGUCGGAAUACCCGGGUCUACGAGCUCGAAUACUCGAGGUCCUAGAGUGUCCCGGAACUUCAAAAAUUGUAUUGUUAAGGCUGUGCCAGGUGUUAGCCGCUUUCAUGGCCAACUGUAGUAUGUCGCAGAUGGAAGAUAAAGGAAAGUGUAUGGUCGAGGAGUUGAUAGAAAUUUUGCCGUACAAUUCGCCAACGACCGUGAGCCUGUUUCUAAGGGUGCUCGAAGCAAUCCCAAGAGAAGUAAAUGUUCUCCCAUUUCUAUACAAACAAGCGAUGUUCGACCGGCGUCAAGGCGUGAAGCAAUUAAAACUACGCGAAAGCAUUCUUAAUAAUUGGUGCAAAACUUCGUGGCUCCUUCAGCAAAUCUUCUCCACUUGUACUCAAAUGAACGAUAGCAACAGUAAUGCCUUGUACCUGUCAGGUAUCGAGUGCACACUUUCUUGGUUAAAACUCGGUCAAUUACCACUGAAUACAAUUGGACAAAUAUAUCCACAUCUUCUUAUCGCUGCAGCUCGAUUCAUACCAAACAGGGAGGAGAUCGAGGGCGAGAAUUCCCGAAGCUGGGAGGUGAUCAGGGAGUGUCUCACCAUGGUAGUAACGCACACGGAGCUCUACAAGCGGCCCCAGCUAUUCUGGGAAUGGGCCGAGAGCCUCAUAUGCAUGGUGAAGGAGCUCGGCGCCAAGCAAUAUUAUGAGAUCCUCACGGCCUUUGGCGAGGCUCACAGCCGCGCAUUCCUCCUCGCCCUCUCGAGCAACGUCGGCUGCACCGAGCAACAAAAGUGGAUCGCCGAGCAGCUCAUCGAGUUCCUCCUCGAGUGCUCGGAACAGGAGGGCCGUUACCCCAUCGACGAGAGGCGCAGCUGCAUACCGUUUGGCUUCUGGUACGCGCUGCAGGACGACCUCGCCACCCUCGAUCAGCCCUUCGACAGGCAGGCAACCUUCGCCCUCAAGCCCAUCUACGCGAGACUGGCGCAGGCACUGCUUAAGAAGGCGACCCUACCCUCCUCGCCCUCCGAGGCCGGCACUACCGAGGAGCGCGAGCUGCUCAGGUGCUACAGACAAGAUGCCGCCGACACGUUAUUCUACUGUUACAAUGUCCUUCAGCAAGAUCUGUUUAUCCUUCUUGGUCAAAGAUUAAGUCAGUCGCACAACGACGUGAGCAAAUGGACCGAGGUCGAGUCGACCAUCCACGCGUUCAAAGCCCUCUGCGACUACGUUGGCACUCAAGAAUCCCAUUACGUCGCAGCAAUAAUGGACUUGAUGCUCCAAAUACCAUAUGGGAUGUACCCGAGAGAGGUGCUGUGCUGCGCCUGCUUGGCGAUCGGUGACUACGCCGAGUGGAUCGGCCAACAUCCCGAGCCCUGGCUCGAGCGAGUCCUCCAGCUGGUCGUGAUGGGCCUUACCAACGACCCAGUGAGCGCGCCCGCGGCGAGCAUGGCACUCAAGGACAUCGCCCGGGAGUGCGGUCAGCACCUCGCGCCCCUGGCACCCUCGAUCCUCGAGACCAUCGGCCGUAUUCUGCCGGGCGUGGCGCCCGGUGGCGGUGAGGGUCUGCGGCUCAUGUACGCCGCGGGUAAGCUGCUCAACUCCCUACCGAGUACCGAGGCGCAGCUCUCCCAUCUCGAGGCGACCCUCGGCCUCUGCGUGCUCAGGCUCCGGGAGCUCCUCCAGCAGCCCGUAACCGAGGCUCAGCUCGCCGUUGCCAACCAGCUCAAGAUGAUCACCAUGUUCUUUACGACGCUCGAGGGCGCCAUCGGCAACGCCGUCCUCGAGGCGCUUCUCCCGAUAUUUGAGGGGAUCGUGAACCAUCCGGAAUGGAGUACAGUGGAUUCGACUCUGGAGGCUAUGCACAACUGCGCGCAAAAAUCUCUGUCCUCGUUGGUCUGUCCGGAGCGCGAGGCUAAGCCACUACUCCCGAUCCUCAGCGCCUCCUACAAGAUACGAGCCCACCCCGCGGCCCUUACCUUCCUCAAGCAGCUGGUCCUACUGUUCGGCAGGGACCCAAACAACAUCAUCGGUCCCGUUUUUGGCGAGAUAAGCGGCCUGACGCUGCGCGGCGUUGCCGCCUGUCGCCAGGUCAGCGGCAACCUCUCCAACCUCUCCGAUCUCCUCGAGGCUUACCUCGGCCUCCUCGCCCAGAUCUGCAAGAAGAACGCGAGACUGCUACUGCAGAUACCCGAUCAAGUACCUGAGAUGCUGCACUGCGGAAUAGCGUGUUUACUUUUACCAGAAACUGGUACCGUUAAAGCUGCCGGAAUUUUCCUAACUCACGCCAUAACUCAAAGUCCGCAUUUGCAGACAUUCAUACAACCCAUUGGCCAAGAAUUAGUCUGUGUUAUACUACAAUGUGUGGGGGGCAGCGUGCCACGAAAUAACCUUGAGCCACACGCCGAGGUAUUGCUGGCUCUGAACAAAACCUGCCUCGAGUGGACGACACAGUGGCUGAGGCUCGCCCUCGCCGACAGCACCGCCCUCGUUGUCUCCCAAGCCCAGAAGGAGAGUUUCACGCACGACGUGCUGCGCGAGCGCACGAACAAGCGCCGCCUCUGCGACAAGCUGCGGGAGUUCAGUAUGCAGUGCCGCCAGGCGACCCUCGGCUUGUGAAACUCACCGAGCUUACAAUCUGUACAUAAUGUCUUUACAAUGCGAGAAAAUAAAAAAUAAAAAUCACAUGCUACUUCCAUACCAAGAUAAUUAGCCGUGGCAUAAGAUUUUUCGUCGUCGUUUUGAGUCUUAAAAAUUAAUCGAGAGAGAGAGAGA